CAUUUAAAAUAUAAAAAAUGGCGUCUAUUGCACAGUCCAAGCUGAAGAACGUCAAGUCUACUGCCAAGAAUGUAGUUGAAAAGUACAGAGAGGUAUUUUCUUCCUUAUUAGAUGAGUGCAAGGAAGGGAAUGACCUGAGGGCAGCUUGGAGGUCUUCGUCAAUGCUGCACUGGACGAGAGUUUGGGAAUUGUGUCAUCUAAGGCAGUCAUGACAUUUUUCUGUGAGAAGAUCCCUGAGCUAGAGAAAAGUGUGGCUAAACCCAUGUGCCUGUUCACUCUCUCCAAAAUGCAAUCCAGAAGUGUCUCCUUUGAGGAACAGGCCACUCAAGUAAGACUGUCACUGUCAAAGAUUUUAGAAGCUGAGCAGAAUUGGACGGAAAGUGCUGAACUGCUGUGUGCAAUUCCUAUGGACUCCGGGCAAAAAAUAUACCCUUCGGACUUCAAGAUGGAAGUGUACCUAAGGAUAGCUCAGCUGUAUUUGGAAGAGCAGAAUCACGUAGCUGCUGAGGCUUACAUCAACAGAGCAGCUUUGCUGCAGUCAGAGGUGGACAGAAACGACCUGCACAUUAUUUACAAGCCGAUUUCAGACGUACAUGUAAGUUCAACGAUGCUGCUCGGCGCUACAUCCAUUUGUCUUAUGAGCCUGCCAUUCACCCCAGUGAGAGGCUGCAGUCACUGCGCUGUGCCUCUGUAUGUGCCAUACUCUCCCAAGCAGGACAACAAUACUCAGCUGGAUUAACUUAACAUCGCAUGCCUGGUCCAAUGAAAGUUGUACAAGGAAUGAUGAGCUGAGCAAUGACACUGUGUCUGUUUGAGUGCACUCAUCUUACACACUUCGCCAUUCUUCUGAGCCCCGGAACAA